AAUUUUUGUCUUUGUAAUUUUUAAGGAAAUUUAAUGUUAAGAUUAGAUUAUAUUAACACUGUUCCGUUCUAGAAAGUGUUUUAAAGCAACCAAAGUGUAAAGUAGCCUACGAUACUUAUCAACUUGAUGAUCUAGAGGGCAUUUCAAAAAUCGCACUGAGGCAAUGUGCACACAAUUAAAAGGUUUCUUAAGUAGGGUAUGAUGUGGGGAGAGCCUUGGGCUUUCGGGUCAGUCUCUUUAAAUCCUGGAUGAGUGAAUCUAAGUCUGUCAGCCUCAUUUAUUAAACAGGAGUAGUGAAAAACCUACCUGUUUUGAUUGUCCUGAGGAUUCCAGUGAGGUGAUCGAACAUUGUCUUGAACGUUCAAGUGCUCAAGGAAUGUUAAUUUCCUUCCGUUCAGCAAAUAUUUGAGUACCUACUAUGUGCCCGACUUUGACAAACCUAUAAAUACCAGAAUAAGCAAGACUGAUUGAUGGACAUCCUGCCUCCUUAGUUUCUUGCAUUCCUUAGGAACAAGUUUAUGGGCAAGCUCAAGACAAUUGGGAGUGAACGCAGAGUUUCCCUGUGCGGAGUUGGUAGUAUUUCCCAGCCUCCAAAUCCAAAGUAGCGACUGAAACAUAAGUUGUUGUCCAUUUUAUCUCAGUUGUCAAGUAAAUACAGGAACAAAGGUUUUGAUUCCCACCAUGGCCAUCACCCAGUUUCGGUUAUUUAAAUUUUGUACCUGCCUAGCAACAGUAUUCUCAUUCCUAAAGAGAUUAAUAUGCAGAUCUGGCAGAGGACGGAAAUUAAGUGGAGAUCAAAUAACUUUGCCAACUACAGUUGAUUAUUCAUCAGUUCCUAAGCAGACAGAUGUUGAAGAGUGGACUUCCUGGGAUGAAGAUGCACCCACCAGUGUAAAGAUCGAAGGAGGGAAUGGGAGUGUGGCAACACAACAAAAUUCUUUGGAACAACUGGAACCUGACUAUUUUAAGGACAUGACACCAACUAUUAGGAAAACUCAGAAAAUUGUUAUUAAGAAGAGAGAACCAUUGAAUUUUGGCAUCCCAGAUGGGAGCACAGGUUUUUCUAGUAGAUUAGCAGCUACACAAGAUCUGCCUUUUAUUCAUCAGUCUUCUGAAUUAGGUGACUUAGAUACCUGGCAAGAAAAUACCAAUGCAUGGGAAGAAGAAGAAGAUGCAGCCUGGCAAGCAGAAGAAGUUCUGAGACAGCAGAAACUAGCAGACAGAGAAAAGAGAGCAGCCGAACAACAAAGGAAGAAAAUGGAAAAGGAAGCACAACGGCUAAUGAAGAAGGAACAAAAUAAAAUUGGUGUGAAACUUUCAUAACACAUGUUCUUCACAUUUUAUCAUGCCAGUAGGAGAAAUCUCAGCUCCACAACUCUAGCAACAUUUGUAUGGAUUUAAGAGUAUUUUAAGAAUACACACUGCUUGAUUUUAAUACAUUGAUCAAGCCAUCCAGGACACUAGAAUUCUCCCAAAGUACCUUGAACUCUUAGUGAUUGAGACUCAAAAAAACAAAAAAGACUUGAGACAAUGUUUUCUUCAACGUGCUCCAAAUAUAAGACAUUUGUUUGCUAUACAGAAAGUAUCACAAAUGGAAUAUAUCAGUACCUCUCAAGCUAGUGUUUCUAGCUAAAUAAAUGGGUGUAUAUAAUUUUAUGGUGGAAAAGGUCUGUUAUGAUUUCCUUCAAUGUGCAUAAUGAUAAAAUAAAUAAUUUUAAUAUUCUUUUGUUUCCAUGGUUACCUGACCUAAAUUAGAUAAAUUGUAGGGCUUUAGCUUUCUUAUUUUUGUCAAAAGUUGGUGUUGACAUACAUUCUCUCUAAUUUGAACUGGUAUUGUUUACGUUUGAUACAACAUUAAGGAAUUUGAUGAUUUUCAUUUCAUGAAAAUGACAUUAAAUGCAAUAAUUUUAUUUAUCAUAAA